UUAGCUUUCUUUUUUCUUUUUUGUUUUCCUUAUUUUUUGAAACAGGGUCUCACUAAGUAGCCUAGUAUUCACUGUAUGUCCCAGCUUGGCCUGGAGACCACCAUCCUCCUGCUUCAGUCUUCAUAGUGCUGGGAUUACAGUUGUGUGUAACACACCUGGCUGCUUCUAAUUUUUCAUCUGUAGUAAGUCAUGCUGCAGUUAGCACUCACAUGUCUGUCACUUUUCACCAAUGUGUAAGAGUUUCUCUAGGACAUAGAUCCAGGAAUGGAAUUGCGGAGUCAUUGGUAAUGCGCAUUGCAACUUUCCUAGGUCUUUCCAAGUUAUUCUCCAAAGUGGCUACAUUUAAUAAUUUUCAUAUCUUUGUCCGCUGUGGUAUGGGAGUGGUCUUUUAUUAUUGUUUUAAUUUGCAUUUCUGUAGUUGCUUGUAAGGUUGAACAUGUUUUCUUUUUGGUGGUACUGGGGUUUGACUCAGGGCCUCACGCUUGCUAGGCAGGCUCUCUACCACUUGAGCCACUUGUAGAGAACAUAAAGCCUCCUUUAACAAGCUGCAAAGUUUGUCUGGACUUUGGGUGUAGAGUAGUUCAGAAUCAGUGAGCUACCAGACUCUGGACUAUAGAGUCCAGCAGAACACUGUCUGUAUGGACAAGACUGAUAAGGCAUGUAAACAACAUAGUGUCCAGUAUGGCUACACUUAUGCUAAGACAUAUUGACAUCUAGAGCAGCACACUGGAGUCCCCACUUUUUGGGUGUAACCAGUCAGCAGAGGACUAAGUCACAUCAGAGGGGAGCACCCUGAAGGAGAAAAAUCACAUAAAAAGGACACCUGCUGAGGGCACAGCAAACUGCACUCCGCAGUGUCCUCUGAUACUCACAUGUACGCUAGCAUCAAGGGACUCUCUCCUGUGUGGGCCUCUCCUUGCCAGAGGGACUCUCUCCCGAGUAAGAGAGGCCCUGCCUUAUGAUAGUUCUCACUCCCAAGCGGAUUGAGUUCCCGGCACUCUCAACCCAAACGAGCUGACUGCUGACAGCUGGUGGGGCUCCUCUGUGGAGUGCUGGCUCUGCCUGCCAACAUUCUCAACACUAAUGAACUGCUUGCUUGGUGGGGCUCCAUCCAUGGAGCAUAAGCCUUGCGUGCCGCAGUGCCCUGUGAGGUGACAGACCGUGUGCUGUGAUUCCCUCUUGGACCUUGUAAUUGUACACUGAAAGUGUGAAUAAAUGUUGCAUUGACUCCAGUGUCUGAGUGGACUUUGAGAGACAUCGCCGUGGUUUAUAUACACUACUGAGAUCAGGGACCCUCAGGUGUAUGUGAUAAAGGGGACUGUGCAGGACUGGAUGGGGGAUACCCUGGAUGUGAUUUCUAAAACCUGGACGUACAAGACAUAGCUGAGGACUCAGGAAAGGGACUGUAAAGUGAUGUACUGUCACCUUCUGUCCAUUGUCACCCAUCUCCUGAGGACUGAGGUCUGAGGCCUGGUCAGGUGUCUGCAGUGGCCAAAGAGCAUCCUCUAAGGUGCCUCAGUUAACUAGAACUCUGUGAAGGAUGUCAUGAGUCAUUGCCUUGAAAACUGUGCAGAGACACCCAGGGAGACCUGCCUCACCCCCACCCUCAGUGGGUGGGUGGGGUUGGGGCAGGGGCUGCACCUGCUCUCAUUUUAACCCUGCCCAGCCCUCACAAAGUCUUUCUCCUGCAUCUUACUCACCCACCAAUGGCGUGCGAGGAUUCAGGCCACGCCCACAUUCUACAUUCCAUGCUGCCUAGCAUCCCCUGCAUCUGCCUCUUCUGGCUCACACCGCUGCGAGCUGUUGGAGUAGAGGACGCGGUGCUGGCUAGAGGCGGAGGAACGUGGUGCGCUGAGUGUUUCUAGUGAUUGUGGUGUGUGUGUGUGUGGGACAAGACUGUUUCUGUGUGUGGGAGUUGAUUGUGGUGUGUGUGGGUGUUGAUUGUGGCGUGUGUGGGAGGAAGAUUGGGGUUUUGUGCUUGGGACGAAAGAUUUUGUGUGAAGAACGUGUUGUGUGUUAGAGGAAGAUUGUUGUGAAUAUUCAGGAAACAUCGUGAUAAGACGUGGAGGAGGAUUGUGGAGAGUGGAAGAGAGAUCGUGAUAAGUGGAGGAGGAAGACUGUCGAUUGUGGUAGAGAUAUAUCGUGAUAACUGGUGGAGGAAGACGGUUGUGUGUGGUGGACAAAGAUCUUGAGUGUUUGAGAAAGAGCUGGUAGAUUGUGUGGUCAUGUGGACCCGCCACCUUCCUCCUCCUAGACCAGCUAUUUCUGAAGAAGUCAAACUUCAGAAACGGGCCUCGGGCAAGAAAAUGCCGAGAGCCUUCCAGCUCAGGAACAACCUUAGUGUGCCUGUAGGGGGAAAGAAAAAGCAAAAGAUAAAAAAUGGUAACCCUGAGCUCCCCACUAUUUGUGAGGAUGUGCCCCCAAACCGCAGUGCUCCUGCACCAACAGCUUGUGAGGGUGCAUUGCCUGCCAGUGUCCCUUCACCAGACACUGGCAUCAAGAGUAGCAAAAAGCUUGCAUAUGAGGAUUUUCCCGUCAUAAACUGGGAGGCCGUCAUCACAUCCAGGAAGAAUGAUGUGAAGCGAGAUGCCCUCGAUGUGUGCAACCACAAAACCGAAGACCUGAAAGAGAAGGACUUGCAGCUGGAGAAGAAGCUUCAAAUCCUCUUGGCAGAAAAAGAAGCCAUGCAGCUGAGCCGGGAGGAGCUUGAGAAGAAGCUGGCGCUGUCUGAGGCCAGGCUGCUGGAGUCCUCCAGCCAGCUGCAGCAGACCUCAGCAGCCAUGCGUAUCCUGCAGGAAGAGUUGGAGAGCAGUGCCCAAGAUGUUCUUCAACUGAAAAGUACCCUGGAGGAACUGAGGAGCCUGUUGGAAGAGCCGUCACCUCCACAGCCCCCAGCCGGGCCCAGUGCAGCAGAACAGCGACUGGAGGAGGAGGCUCGGCAGCUGAGAAAAGCGCUAGAGUGCCUGGAGGGUCAGUUAGAGGCCCAAGUGAGGGAGAAUGACAGGCUGAGUCGCCUCAAAGAGGACCAGGAGCGGCAGCUCCUGGCACUGGAGCAGGCAGCCAGAAUCCCGGGCGAGCAGGCAGUGGAUGGAAAGGAGGAUAUGAAGAGCAUGGAGAACCAGGAGACCUUGACUGACCUGAGCGCGGUGCUGAAGGAGCAACUGGCCCAGCUUCAGCAUGACAAUAUGAAGUUGACCUCCGCCCUGCUGGAGGAGCAGAAUGUGAAGAAGAAGCUUGUCAAGAAGCUGGGCCAUCUGCAAGAAAACCUAGACGACCUCAAGGUUAUCAUGGAGGUGAAUAGCCAGGAGGCUCCCAGCUGGCAGGAGGAGGGAGUCCAGUGCCUGUGCCACCAGCAGGAAGACAUGGUGGCCCAUCGAGAUCAGGUGGCUGCCAACCAGAAGCCAACUGGCGAGACAGAGGCACCAAAAGACUGCCUCCUGGAGGUGAUGGCAGAAGACCUGGAGCCUCAAGGGGUACCAGUGGGUGCAAUUGGAGAAUGCACUGCCCUCAGUGCACUGCUGAAGGAGAUUGAAGACAAGAAGGCGGAGACCAUCUGCAUGCUGCCCAGACAGAACGGGGAAUUACCUGGGAGCUUCAGGAUCUGA